AGUGAAUUUGAUCCCCGUUUCCGACGGUUUGUCGUCGUCGUGUCACUUCGUGAAGAUGACGAGCUACAAGGCGUUUCACGCGCAGCUGUCGUCCAUCAUGGAGGCGCUGAGCCGGGCGGUGGUGGCGGAGGUCUGCGGGCUCGUGGACGACAGCUACGCCGUGCUGCGGCUCGAGAUCUCCCGCAGCCACCGGGAGAAGGAGGCGCUGCGGAGGAAGCUGGAGCUGGUCGAGACCCUGCUCGCCCGGGGGGGGCACAGGCGGGGGGGGCUCGCGAUGCUGGAGGCAGCCAGUGAGGGGUUUAUGGACUUCACUGUCGAACACACGCCACCAGCUGCAGUCGGGGCCAAACAGCAGAAGGGAAACGUCCACAGCAGCGGGGGGGUCCCUGCGUCGGACGCUAAGACAGAGCCGACGUCUUCAACCAAUCAGGAGGAGCCGAGUCAUCCAGUUGUUGUUUUGGUAAAGGAGGAAAUCGUGAAAGAAGAGGCGAACGCCAACCACACCGCAGACGAGCUGCUUCCUAACCACGACGGACCGGCGGAGCGGCUGCCAGAUCCAGACGGCAGUGAAGAGGGCCCCUCCGGGAUGCUGACCCCCUCCGGGAUGCUGACCCCCGCCUCGGUGGCGGUCCUGAGGCUGUGGGAGCAGACCAGCGACGGGCCGCCGGCGCUCCGAGAGUCCCCCAGUGCCCCGGCGUCUCCGGGCCGGUCUUCAGACGGCGUGUACGACUUGGCCUCGGAGUCGGACUGCGAAGCUCCGUCUGCGGCCCAGAUGAGGACGCCCGCCCCCCUCGGGUCCGGAGGAAGCCUCAACGCCCCCCUUGGGUCCGGAGGAACCCUCAACGCCCCCCUCGGGUCCGGAGGAACCCUCAACGCCCCGACGUCCCUCCGCUACAACACAGAGGCUGAUCUGUGCUCCUCGUGGACCAAUCAGAGCCUUCCGAGCACGGUGCCCGCCCCUCCCCCGACCACGCUGCUGGACAAGGUGUCUGAAAUGAGCGGUCCGGGUUUCCCGCUGGCGCUCGGUCUCGGCGGGUACCGGUUCUGCGGCGACCGGCGCUUCGUCUGCAGCUACUGCGGGAAGUGCUUCACGUCGUCCCGCAGCCUGGAGACGCACGUGCGCGUCCACACCGGCGAGCGGCCGUACAGCUGCGCCCAGUGCGGGAAGCGCUUCACGCAGUCGGGACACCUGAAGACGCACCAGAGCGUCCACACCGGGGAGCGGCCGUUCGCCUGCGAGCACUGCGGGAAGAGGUUUGCCGGGAAGCAGAACCUGAGGAUCCACCAGCAGAAGCACCACGUGGCCGAGCAGAGCGCCGGUCACGUGUGACACAAACACGGGACCACGUGCACUGAUGCUACUGAACGCCAGCUUGGGAUCGAACUCAACCUCACCGCUGUUACUGUAAUCAUUUAAAUGGUUAACUUCGGGAUGUUUUAACAUGUUUUUGCGUCUAAGUGACUGAUGGUCCAGUAUUAAGCGAGAUCGCUGUGCGAGGCUGUGAUGUGAUGAUACCUCGGGGGCAUUUGUCCAGCGUCAGUCAGCGCCCGCUAAAAGUUCAGGUUUUGUCUCUGACCGACUCAGAUUAUUAGUCUAAGUGUCUGGCAACAUUAUGGAAAGGAUCCCUACAGAGAUAGAGCUUUUAGUUAAAGAGUAAGAAGAAGAAAACACCAUCACCAAACCCACCAGACUCCAUGUAAAUAAUUACUACUUUUAGCGUGUGUAGAGCAGCAUAUCUCCACCAGACUCCAUGUAAAUAAUCACUACUUCUAGCGUGUAUAGAGCAGCAUAUCUCCACCAGACUCCAUGUAAAUAAUCACU